AUGGUUUAUCCCCCGUGGUUUAUCCCCCAAGAUUUAUCCCCAUGGUUUAUCCCCCUGGUUUCUCCCCCCUGGUUUAUCCCCCGUGGUUUAUCCCCCAUGGUUUAUCUCCCCAUGGUUUAUCCCCCUGGUUUAUCCCCCCUGGCUUAUCCCCCGUGGUUUAACCCCCAUGGUUUAUCUCCCCUGGUUUAUCCCCCUGUGGUUUAUCUCCCAUGGUUUCUCCCCCUGGUUCCCCCCUCUGGUUUCUCCCCCCUGGUUUAUCCCCCGCGGUUUAUCCCCCAUAGUUUAUCCCCAUUUAUUUCCCGUGGUUUAUCCCCCGUAGUUUAUCCCCCAUGGUUUAUCCCCCCCAUGGUUUAUCCCCCGUGGUUUUCCCCCCUGGUUUAUCCCCUCUGGUUUAUUCCCCUGGUUUAUCCCCCAUGGUUUAUUCCCAUUUAUUUCCCGUGGUUUAUCCCCAUUUAUUUCCCAUGGUUUCUGCCCCUGUUUUAUCCCCCUUGGUUUAUCCCCCAUGGCUUCCCCCCCUGGUUUAUCCUCCCUGGUUUAUCCCCCCUGGUUUAUCCCCCAUGGUUUAUCCCCCAUGGUUUAUCCCCAUUUAUUUCCCAUGGUUUAUCCCCCGUGGUUUAUCCCCCAUGGUUUAUCUCCCCAUGGUUUAUCCCCCUGGUUUAUCCCCCCUGGCUUAUCCCCCGUGGUUUAACCCCCAUGGUUUAUCUCCCCUGGUUUAUCCCCCUGUGGUUUAUCUCCCAUGUUUAUCCCCCAUGGUUUCUCCCCCAUGGUUUGUUUCCUGUGAUUUAUCCCCCCUGGUUUUUAUCCCCCCGGGUUUAUCCCCCGGGUUAUCCCGUGCUCCCGCUGGCCCCGGCGCUGCCCG